UCUAUAACUAUUGGAAUCAGCUUGGCAAUCAUUCAAUCAGAUGUACAGUGGAUUCAGUUAAUUGGGACACACCAGGACUAAUACAUUUUGGCCCAAUUGAGUGGCUGCUCCAAUUAGCCGAAGUCAAGGAAAUAAUUAAAAAGGUACAAAAAAGGACAAACUUCUGUUGGAGUAACAAAUUAUGAACAAAUUAGAAUACUCUUAAUACUACAGUACUAUAAAAUUGUGUAUUAGUUCCUCAGUUCAGUGUACGCUGCCGUGUUUUUGUUUGACUGUAACUGAACAAAAUCAGCAAAGGCAGCUAGUGUAGCUAAUAGACUGUCUUCAUACAAUGCUUUCGACAAUUGCAUCCUCCAAAUCUUCAUCUUCAUUGUAACAUCCAAGAUGAUAGUCGAUAACUUCAAAUUCUUUGUAGUUCCUAACUUGUUGAAGUAGUGAAAUAGUUCCGUUUUCACUCCUGGCAAUGUGCUUGAAACUGCAGUAAGCAGAACAGCUUCCUUUUGAACAGUCACAGAGCUGAAGAUAUUUAAAAACUGGUCGAUUUAAGCACAGCCAAAUGAGUGCACACAACUGAUGUUAGUUGGAAACUGUUCAGCAACAGUCUCCUGAUCCAAUUAAGCAGAAUAGUGUCCCAAAUAAAAGAAGAGAAUCCGGCUAUUUUCUUGAUUAGCUUUUCUUCUUUAAGAGUUGUCCCAAAUAAGCAGCUCCCCCGAUUAACCUAUGGCCCAACUAACUGGAAUCCACUGUAUUCCCCUUAUCGUACCCAUAGUUUCCUCACCCUCUCUGCAACAGAAAACUGACUCAUUUUCUCACUUUCCCAGUUUUGAUGAAGAGUCUGCACUUGAAAAGUUGCCUUUAUUUCUCUUCACAAAGAUGCUGCCCAAUCUUUUAUUUCUUUCACUUAUAACCAUAUAACAAUUACAGCACAGAAGCAGGCCGUUCUAGUCCGUGCCGAACGCUUACUCUCACUUAGACCCACCGACCUGCACUCAGCCCAUAACCCUGCACUCCUUUUCCUGUCCAUAUACCUGUCCAAUCCUAUAUACUUGAACGUUUCAGCAUUUUUUGGUUUGAUUUCAUCGGGACUAAUGUGAUAAAGCGUGAAAGGUGUAUUUUUAAAUACACUUUUUAGGAGCCAUGGUACUACAGUUCGUCUCAUCGGAGUUUGGAGUUCAAUUCCAGUGCCGUCUGUCAGGAGUUUGUAUGCUCUCCCUGUGAGUUUCCUCCAGGUGCUCCAGUUUCCUUCCACUGCCCAAAAAUGUACCAAUUGGACGGCCUAUUGUCCUGUGAUUAGGCUAGUGUUAAAUAGGUGGGUUGGUGGUGUCACAGCUCAUUGGACGGGAAGGGCUUAUUCUAUGCUGCAUCACUAAAUCAAAUAAAUAAAAAUUCAGGCCCAAAAUGUAAAGAAAUGAAAUGGCAAAGGAAAGCUUUUAAACUAGUUGAAGGAAGGAAGGAAGGGUGUGUUAAAUUUGGGGAGACAUUUAAAGAAGAAACUUUUAAAAUGCAUUGAAAGCAGUUCAGGGAUUAGACUAUUAACUGACACAGGCAGGUUGUCUUGUGAGGAAAAUUUGGAGAGGGUACAAUUGUAUCUAAUGGAGUUUAGAAGAGUGGGAAGAGACUUGACUGAAAUGUGCAAGCUACUGAGCACUCUUGAUAGAACAGAUUUGGAAAGGUUUUACUUUCCCUUUGGAGAAUCUGGAAUGAAGGAUUACUUUUUAAAAAUAAAUCAACCACUUAGAGUUUUGAGUCAAUUUUUUUACCAGAGUUUGCACUCUUCCUCAAAGUAUAAUGAAAUAAAAGUCUUAAUAAGGCAAAAGUGGAUAGAUGUUUGAUGAACAGGAGUGAAAGAUUAUGCGGGUUGGUGGUUGAAAUUAGUUAGCUGAACUGUGAUCUUAUUAAAUGACAGACCAGUUUUGAGGGUCUUAAUGGGGUACUUGUUGCUCCUUAAUCAGGUGUUCAUAAAAAAGAGCAAAAAGAAGCCUGUGGAGGCGAGGGCAAAUCGAAGUACCUGAAAGCAGUCAGCACUGUCAGUUAAAAUGAAUCGAAAUUUGUGGAAUUUCAAAAUAUUUACAGCCAGGUGAGAAAUUAAAAAAACUGUAGAAAACAGGCGUGAUUACAUCUAAAAUUAUUAAAUUCAACGUUCACUAUUGUACAGCACAGCUGUAAGAUGUUAUACUUUGAGCUCUCACUUUCCUUCAUUAGAAUAAGUUGAAGCGUGGCAGUGGCAAUGAAGUACACAUUUCAAAAAGGAAGAGUUCAGAAGCCAUUAGGUUCAGUAAAUCUGCCUCUGAGGAUACCACAUUGAGGAGGAAAGGCAGCAAACAGAACCCAGCCGUGGUAAUUGCCUGAGGGAAACUGGGCACAUGAACCGUGCUGUCACUGAUAGACGCAACACACACUUGAGGCCCUUCGGUUUACUUCCACAUUACUGUAGCCCCUGGGCACGUCUGAUAAUUCAGAGACUUUUAAGCCGCAUAAAUCAAAACUUCACAACAGAAUUUGCGCCAAAAUCCAAAUCACUUCUACCUGAAGGCCGUCCUCAACGUCAUCACGCAUAACGUAAAAAUGCGUCAUUGAGCGGAUUCCACCCCCACCGAAAAAAAACCCGAGCUGAUUUUGAGGCAAAGGGAUUCGGACCUUUUCGAUAUGCAGUUGUCUCCUCCACAGUAAAUUAAGUUCGGAGAGGCUCGACUUGACAUUUAUCGUUCUUGUCAGUUUUCCUGCGGGUUGAUGGGCGGAGAGUGGCCGAGCGGUGACGCCAUUUUGUGGUGAGGGGUGCGGCGAGGCGGGUGUUGCCGGCAGGCCGCCAUUAUUGUGGGGGGCAAGAGCGGGGCCGCGGCAGGGAUAUGCCCAAGUCGUGCGCAGCCUUCAACUGUACCAACAGGUACAGCAGCAAGAACAAGGAGCUCACCUUCCACAGGUUUCCAUUCAGCAAGCCAGAUCUACUGAUAGAGUGGAUGAACAAUGUCGGAAGAGCUGAAUUCAAACCCAACCAGCACACAGUUAUUUGCUCAGACCACUUCAAACCAGAAUGUUUCAACACUUGGGGGAACCGAAAAAAUCUGAAGCAUAAUGCCGUGCCCACGGUCUUCCACUACCCAGAUAACAUGAAGCAGAGACAUCAUGCAAGGAAAAAGCUGAAAGUUAUCAGUGAAGUAACAAAGACUGACGUAGCUGAAGAGAAGCCUGAAAUGGUGCCUGAGCUGGUUCUGAGUGGAGAAGAGGAGAAACUGCCUCUGGCGCCUGCUGCUGAAGAUGGUUCCACUAAAGGAAGUGCCGAUCAUACUUAUGCUGCCACCAAUCUCAGCAUGAUGAAGAGGAGACUGUUCGCUGCCCUGGAAAAGAAUGAGAAGUUGCGGAAGCGGCUGAAGGUGAAGCAGGAGGAGAUGAGGAGGAUGGUGAAAAAGUGGCAAGCAGUCAAGGAUGAACUGGAGACCCUGAGAGCGAAGAGCCUGUCGACCCCCAGCGAGGUGACCCUCACAGACAUAGCUCACCUGCAGGACUGUAUAAAUUAAACCACAUGUGUGUGGAGAGCAAAGACUGGACUUCCCACAGUCUCUGCGAGGUGAAGCUUGCUGGUGCAAACAAAUCACAUUAAGUGAUGCUGGAACAAUUUAAAAGAAGGAUAGACUUAACGUAAUCUGGAAAUUAUAUUUGUGCGGGAGAUUGAGCUGGUCACAAUUCAGCAUGGUUAAAACAUGUCACACUGUCUUACAAGUCCACAUAAACAUCUCUGAAGCUGAAGAAUUCUGAAGCAUAAAGAAUUCUGGCAACUGGGUUGUCAGAGACUGAACUUGUCAGAAUUGUGCUCUGUUGCUAGCCAGUUUAGGAUUACAAGUCUGACUUGCAACCUGUCCUGUCCUUUCAUGGCUGAGUUAGUUUUACUGUCUUAGUUAUAAGAUGCCUUGAUUGCAAACUGUGAACUCCUUUGUUAUUUUCAGUAUGUGUUCAAGGCCUUCUCUGAGCUCUUAGACUAUUUAUUUAUCACAGCAAUCCCUUAGAUAAUCAAAUGUAAGCAGUGGGGAAGCAGAGACUUGUCAGAUCAUGGAUUCUGGGCAGUACUGUUGACCCAAUUGUAUCAUUGGUGGUUAUCUGCUGUGUUGCAACAUAAUUUUGAUGCAGUUCGGGUCAACCCUUACACAUCACGCAGCUAACCUAACAGCAGGUCCCUCAGCCUGCAGACUGUAAAAUUCUUGCUGCCCCUCUCAAGGAGGAAUUUACAAAACUGCUCCUAACAACCUGAGCUGACACUUUUACUGAACAGGAUACAAAGCGGUCCAUAGUGUAAAACAUCAUACCAACACGUUUGGGGCAGUGCAUGGAGAAUUUUAAUCUUCACUGAAUUUAUGAUGUACUAAAACCCUGGAGCAUUUGAUGCCGACAAUGGAUGUAUAAAAUGAAAAGCCUUUUCAUAAAGUAUCUCUCAUUUGAACAUCAAAAAUCAACCCCUUUUUAAAAAAAAAGCAUUUGCUUCAGGGAAUUAUAAAUCCCGAGUUAUAAAUGCCCAAUUUAUGGACACACCAACAUAUGAAAGAGCUCCUUUGGUAUUAAAUUCAAAAGUUUGACAUACUUGUAUCCAUUCAUUCCAUAAAAAGUAGAACUAAUUUACUUUGCGCUUAUAGUAAUUGUUCUUUCUUAUCAGUUUUAUAUGACUUUGAUGCCAUUCAUUGCAGUGUGUGGUGGUAUGGUUACCAUAUUAAGUGAUUUUUGUGAAUCUUUCAACUUGGGGACAGAUACACUUUACAGACAUCGAGAAAAGGGAACUCAUUUGUUCCCCAAGGACAGCCUGUAUAAAGUUUAUGUGGAGUCCGUCUUGGUAGACUCUCAUUUCCCAAUCUACGCUUCUUUAAUCUCAGCCUUAGCAGUUGGAGCUACAUGUGGUCACAGUAAACCAUCAUGAUUAAGGAGAAGUGAAAUUCCUGCUCUGUAUUAAUUUCUAGAAACUCUUAUGAACAAUGAGUCUGUGCUUGCUGUGAAUGAGUAGAUGUAAGCAUUUUAUUGCUAGAGCUGGUCAUUCCCAACUCAAAUUGUCGUUAUUGGGAGCAGUGGGGAGAGAACAUUAGUCAAGGAGAUAAACUGAUCAAUUAGAACAUGAAUUUGAGAUUCAUGCCAUAAUUGAAUUAUUUGGUUGUGGUUUCAGCUUGCAGUUGUAUCUGUCUUCCAUAGGAAUGUACAUUGGGGGGAAAUGAGAAUAGGCUGUUACUGACUAUAGAUCUAGAAGUUUCAUCAUAAUGCACCCACCUUUGUCAGUACCCCAUUUCUACCACAUCUAUCCACCUGCCCCCAGGGGACCCUUCUGCACCUUGAUACCUGCCAGUGGUUUGCCUAACAUGUCUGGGGCACUGAAAACAGCUGUAACAGUGAUAGUCCGGAGGUUGGAUUUUCUGUUUGAAAAUUACUAAUGAAUCUACAUCCUUUAAAGUAACACAUUUUGGACAUCUUCCUAAUUAUUUAAAUCUGUCCCCAGUGGUUUGACCCUCUGACCAUUGGAAACUGUUUCUUGUUAUUUAUUCAAUUGAACUAUUUUUAAUUUUAAACAUAAUUAAAUCAUCCCUCAAUCACCUUUGUAUGAAGAAGAAUACUCCCAAUUUUUCUAGUACCUCAGCAAAUCUGAAGUCCCCCAUUUCUCAUUGCAUUUUAGUAAAUCUCCUCUGCACUCUCUCCAGAUAUGUAUGCAGCAUAGUACAGUAUGUAGUUAUAACUGUAAUCUGUGCCCAGUUUGUUGAUCUUGAUUGUAGCUCCAGUUGGGUUUGCAAAAAAAUGAUCUUCACUGAACUUGCAAAAAAAAAUCAACUGGCAAUACCACUUCUUCACGGGAUGAUCAUUAAAAUGGCAUGGGUGGCGAUCAGGAAAGAGAAAAGCCAAGUUAUGCUACGAUUUACUCUGGACAAUGUACGAACAGACUGGAUAACCACAGAGCAUAUUCAGCUUUGUGGAUAUCCACUUUCCAACAGCUGGAAUAUUUGGAGGGGAGCAAUUGUCAUUGGGAGUUGGCAUGGAACUAUUGCCUUUUUGGUGGUGCACAGAUCUGUGAUUUAUUUACUGAUGUUAUUAAAGCUUUAGUCCCUGCUGUUUCUAUCCAGUGAUCAUGGAACACGUACAUCCAAAUGUAAGUGUGCCUUUUUCUGUUAAAACAUUCUACUUAAACAUAGAUCAAAGACUUGUGAACGUUUGAGGAUUAAACUUGGCUUGGGCUUUACUGUACUGGAGAUUGAUCUUGUUGCAAAUGUAAGCUAUACAUUGAAUGGUGCCAGAUUCCUGUUUAAUAUCAUUUUCUUGUAGGGAGCCCAUUGCUUAUCACUGAUCUAAUAUUUUGGUCUAAAUCAGAGCAGGGAAUUUGAGUGUUACUCAAACUGACACUACUCCAAAUAUACAAUAGAGUACAAAUAUGAAGUGAAAGUACAAAAUGCCCAGCAGAUGUGCUGGCACCAGAAAGAUAGCAAAGAAUAGUAGACACCUGCUUUAAAUAUAUAGGGUGGAUUGAAAGUAGAACGUUUCAAACAGCUUGUUCAAAAAAGGAAGGAAUGCUGCAGUUGUUUAAUUAUUCUGAAGUGAAGACAAUUUAGGAAUAAAUGCAAGCACCACAAAUAAUGUUCAUACUAAGAUCCCACAAAAAAAGAUUGAGGCCAAUGUGCUUUUUUAAUUGUUGACUGAAAUAGGAUGUUGGGUUGAAGAAUUUCCUUUUCCUUUAAGCACUGCUCUGAGAUAAUUUUAGAGCUAACGGCAAUGACUACAGAAGUAUUUUACCAAUUGUUAAGUGCUUUGGAAGGUCAUAUAAGGUUUUAUGAAAAUGCAAGUCUUUCUUGCACUGUAUCUAACUGGACAGAAAGACAGGUUUAGAUCAUGAAAAAUGGUUAAAAAUACAUUUUAAAUUUCUUCUCGUUCUGAGAGUUAGAAGCACGAAUCAUGCUGAUUAUUGUUUAAUGUCCCUAUUCCACUGAAACUAGGAUUAGCUCAUGCAGUACAGUAAAGCUGAUGUUAAAGCUUCUGAAUUUAUGAGCUAUAUGGUGGAGAAGUGUUCAGAAUUGAAACUUUUGAGAUUGUGCAUGAAGAUCAUAACCUUACAGAUCCUGAACUUCUUUUUGUGGUGUAAAAGUUGUCUGUGUACUUUUUUAACCAGCUUUCAUGAGGACUUCAUAAAGCAAGAUUUUGAUUCGGAAAGGAUAAGGUCUGAGUUGAGGGACAAACCUGUAAAAUAAGCACCACAUUCAUGAGAUGGGCUUUGCCAUCAAGAAUGAACCCGGCCGCCAUUUCAGCAACUCACUUUGCAGAAUUAUUGAGAGUCUCAGGACCUUUGGGCUCAAUCCCAUCAAAGGAUCAACCCUUGAAACUUCAAAUGAAUUGGGGAUUAAUGUUUCCACUUUCAAAAAGAAAAACAGCUGAUCUGCAUCCCAAAGGGAAACAGAUCAAUCCUCCUGAGUGACUUCAGUGGCAGCAUGGAAAAAGAUGUACCCCAUUGGCAAGGUAUGUUAAGCAAGGAAUAGGGAAGACUAAUUCCGGUAGGGUGCUUGGAGCGCAGCUUUGUCAUAAUUAACUUCAUGUUUCAUCAGAGGGACAAGCAGAAUAUCUGGUACAACUAGAACCUGUGGAAUUAAAUCAUUGCCUAAGUGUGUGAAUCAGCAAAGAUAAUUGGAUCUGCACACCAUAGAUACCAAUGACUUUUGACUGACCAUCAUCUAAUCUGAAGCAACACAUACAAAAUGCUGGAGGAAUUGAGCAAGUCAGGCAGCAUCUAUGGAAAUAAAUAAGCUGUCGAUGUUUUGGGCAGGGAUCCUUCUUCAGAACUGAAAAGGAGAAAGUCACUAGUAUAAAAAGGUUGGAGGAGAGGAAGGAGGCCAGCUAGAAGGUGAUGUGUGAAGCCAGGUUGGAAAGAUAGAGCUGGAAAAGAAAGGAUCUGGUAGGAGAGGAUGGUGGAUCAAAGGAGGAAGGGACCCAGGGGUAGGUGCUAGGCAGGUGAGAGAGGUAGGCCAGAGUGGGGAUAGAAGAAGAGGGGAGGGGAAAGGGAUUUUUUUUUACCAGAAGGAGAAAUCGUUAUUCAUGCCAUCAGGUUGAAGGUUACCCAGAUGGAAUAUAAGGUGUUGCUCCUCCACCAUCUUUCCCCUUCCUUUUCAGUCCUGAAGAAAGGUCUUGGCUUGAAACACUGACUGUUUAUUCAUUUCUGUAGAUGCUGAGCUGCUGAGUUCCUCCAGCAUUUUGUGUGUGUUGCUCUGGAAUUCCAGUAUCUGCAGAAGUUCUCAUGUUUGUCAUCUAAUCUGCACUCUUUCUCCAAAACUUUGCCCCAAAAUAUUAGUGUCAAUAGGAGUAUUGCCACAAGAAGUUCAUUUUCAAUGCUCUCAAGUUUCCUCCAGAACUGGCUCUUCUUGCACAGCUCCUCAACAAUCCAUCAACUCCCAGAUCUCUGGACCCACUAAGUGACUAGAGCUUAUGGACUGCCCUGUGCACCAUAAUUGACAACUGUGAAGAAAUUCUUGGCUUCACUAACAGAAAGAACCAGGACUGGUUUGAUGAGAAUCAAGGACCUAAUUCACAGGAAAUGCAAGGCAUUCUGGAUAAGACACUUAACUUUUGUUUUGGGGGAUCAAACAGGCACCUGAAGGUGGAGUCAGAGGAAAGACAGAAGAUGCAGCAAUUCCCCCACAGCCAUGAGAUGUUCCAGUUCUUCAGCUAUCAUCUGUGGCCUAACACCUAAGUCAGGAAUGGGCUAAAAGAGUCGGUGCCUCUAAAUCCAUUAUAUCAGUGACCUAAAAGAUGUACGGUAAACUGAGUAUAGUAAAACUGAUGUGCAGUAUAAUAUAAUUUUGAUU